AUGUCUUUACGUAAAAAAAAUAGUCAAUGUGGGAGUAAAAAAGCAAAAUUCCCAAUUGGAAUUUGCAUUUUUCCUACUCUUCCACCUGAAAUGUUUAUAAAUAUAUGUCAAUAUUUACCACCAAAAGAUUUACUUUCAUUAGCUCAAGUUUGUAAAUUGUUUAAUGGAUAUUUGUGUUUUGAAUCUUCAAUUACUACUCAAGAAAUUUGGCGAACUUCUAGAAUUGAAUUCUUACCUUUUUUACAAAUGCCUCCACCUGAGGGUAUGACUGAACGUCAAUAUGUUAAACUUGUAUUAGAAAGAGGCUGUCAAUUUUGUAAAAAACCAAAAAUUCGUAAAGUCUAUUUUGAAUUUUUGGUAAGAUGUUGUGAAGAUUGUUUAAAAUCAAAAACUAUAAGAAAUGAUCAAAUUAAAGAGAUUAUGCCAGAACUUUCUAAUUUAGAUGAUAUAAUCUCUGGUUUACCAUUUAUACCUUCAUGGUCUAGACGUGAUUGGGAUAAUGAUACCGAAAAAAAUCCAUCAAGUCUUUAUUGGAAGACCGAUGUUAUUGAAACGUUAAAUGAAUACAAUUCUAUUCCAGAAAAUCCUCCAUCACUUCGAGAAGAUUGGUUAAAUCAGAAACAAAGAAAAGGUGAUGAAAAAAUGAAAGAUAUUAUUGAACGUAAAAAGGAAAAUAACAAAGGAUUAAGGGAGAAAAAUAUGAAAAAUUCUCAAAAGAAAUUUGAACGCUCCAAUUUAAUUAAAACAAAAAUUCUAUUAAUGAAGGAUGAAAAGAACGAAAAUAAUUGUUUGAAGUUUGACAAGGAUAUUCUUGAAGAUUGUCAAACUUAUAAAAAUUACAUGUUUAUGUUCCAACGAUCUGCUCUUCCGUUUACCGAACGUGCUUGGUUACUUUUAAAAAAUAAAUUAUUAAAAGAGUACGAAGAAUCUUAUGAACAUAAAAGGCAACGUCGUAGAGAAAGAGAAAGUUCUUGGUCUAGAGAGACUGUUUUUCAAAUGAGGCAAUAUGAUAUUUUUAUUUUAGCGAAAACUUGGCUACCAGAAUCA